AUGGGUCUACACCGGGUCCGUUGGCAUAGGGAAAGUGUGAAAGACAUCGCAACCACAACCAAUUCAAGAGUGGAGGUUAUCAAGCAAGCAAAAGCCCUCAAGAUACAAAAGUUACGGUGUCCCUCAUCAAUCUCCUUUUAUCGAUACACCUCCCAGAGUCGCAAGUCCAUAAGCCUUGGAGCGGGUCUAUACCGGGUCUGUUGGCGUAGGGAAAGUGUGAAAGACAUCGCAACCACAACCACUUCAAGAGAGGAGGUUAUCAAGCAAGCAAAAGCCCUCAAGAUACAAAAGUUACGGUGUCUCUCGAUAAAAGGGCUAUGUAGCGAGGUUGCCGAGCAGUCGUUUGACCCAUAUUAA